AUGAAUACUCAAUUCAACCCCAAUGAUGACAUCUAAAAUAAAAAAAGAUAUUUGAAGUUGUCGUUUUUGGUCAUAGCAGUUAUUUCCUGCUUCACUUGUUAUGCAAGAGCUGACUACAAUCUCCCUCUCUUCGCCUUUUCCUAUCUACUUUGGGAUUAAAUCAAUCCUUGCGAUUAAAAGACUAGACUUUUGUACUUAUUCAUAUUCACUUGGAUCUUUGACUUCGUCUGGCUUAUUUACUGGGGUUCCUUCUGGGAUAGCGAUAAACUUGAACAAAGUUGGGCUAAGGGAGUUUAAUCAUUUGUUUUAAUCUUGAGCAUUAUUAAUUUUAUUAUCAAGCUUGGUGUUAUCGUAUUCUGCUGGGUUGUUGAACAAAAAUGCAAAGAAGCUCUUAAGCCAGAUAUCUUCAUUAAAAAUAUUCAAGAAAUGUUUAAAGUUGAAGCUGAACGCUUACACUAAGAAUCUAAGCACUGA